UGCUAGUAAAAAAACUAAAACAUUGAUUUGAUUUGUUUGUAGAUGUUCGAGUUCGAGCCUAGCUCCUAAACACUGUAGUAAAUGGUUAUAAAUUCUGAAGUUUGUUGAUAUGCUGCCAUAGUUUUUGAAAAUGUUUUAUUUUAGCAUUAAACCUAGAAUUAUUUUCCGAUAAUGAUCCGUUUGCAAUAUUUUUUUGGUUAUGUAUACUGCCUUCUUUUUCUACCGUGCCUGGGAAUAACAUUGGCAUCCCAAAAUGAUGAAGAACAUGGGGAAAUGUCACUACAAAGGGCAAAAGUGGAACUCACAACAUCCACCCUUCAACCUGAUGUGGCUUUAGGAUUAAAAAACAGAGUUAGAGAAAGCCAAUGCCCAAGUAAUAUCGAAUGUUCAAAACUUGGGGAUCCAUGUAUCAGUUGUACGUUCAAUGAAACUUGCAUCUAUGGAGGAAAAACUAACGGAACUUGUAAAGCACUGGUGAAUGACUGUUUGGGCCCAAAAGAGUUUGAGAUGGAGAUCAUCUGCCGCUACUGCUACCAAACUGACCACUGGGAACACUCGUGUGUGCAGAAAGCUGGGUGUAGCUCCGUGGUAUCUCCGAGGGGGUAUUACAGGUCCAACUGUACAGUGAAGCCCGAAGUCCAAUGUCUCGGGAGGCGCACCUUCUUGAAGAACUUGAAGUGUAACUGGACGGGAGGCUAUCGAUGGUCUACAGCUCUUAUACUCAGCGUCACACUUGGUGGCUUCGGUGCAGACAGGUUCUACCUCGGACAUUGGCAGGAAGGUAUCGGGAAGUUAUUCAGUUUUGGUGGCCUGGGAGUGUGGACUCUGAUAGACGUAGUGCUUAUCGCUAUACACUAUCUCGGCCCGGCGGAUGGGUCUCUUUAUAUAUGAUACUUAAGCUAUUUAUUAAAAGUAUACUGUGAUUAAAGAAA